AGUGAUUAUGAAAAUGAACCCAUUAGGUCACCCUGCUACCUCAAGCUUCUAAGAAUAUUGUAACAUACACUAGAUUUGCCUUUGAAUUCUACUACGUGUAGUAUGUGCAAGGUCCAAGGUUAGACCAACUUGUUGGGCCAUCGUCUGUCAAAGGCCUGAUUACAUAUCGCAUCAAAAUACCUGUGCGUUUAGUCUGAUUCAAGCAGGUUUUUGUAGCCAAAAUUGCACAACAGGAUUUUGCACAACAGUUAGGCCCAAUAGGGCUACAAUGUAGGAUAUGGUUCUAUAAAAUCAGUAUAGACUAACCAUAUCAAAUCAAGCUUUACUUAUAGCACAUUUCAAACAUUAACGCAACACGCUUCACAGGGGAAAAUGCUAAAAUAGUGUGUUUUAAGAUCUUUUCAAAAUAUGGCCAGUGUCGGCAGCCAUCGGGUUCUCUGGCAAGCUAUUUCAGAAGUUGGGGGCAUAAAGGCAGCCUCUCCAUUGCCUCUUGGUCCUAGGCUUUGGGAUAGUUAAACGGCCAGUGCCUGAGGGACCCACUGGGUACAUCACUUUAAAGCAUGUCUGACAUGUAUUCUGGUUCACAAUCGUGGAUUGAUUUUAAAAAACAAUUGAAAACCCUUACAAGUAAUUCUAGAACUCACAGGCAACUAGUGCAGAGAUAUUAAAACCGGUGUAAUGAUUGUUCUCCAUCAGGUCUUGGUCAGUACCCAUGCUGCAGCAUUCUGUAUGUUUUGCAGUUGACCAAUGGCUUGCUUGGGUAGACCAGACAGGGGAGUAUUACAGCAGUCAAGUCUCGUAAUAAAAGCAUGGAUGAGUCUCUCUGUAUGAGCCUGAGCUAGAAACAAAUAAAUCAAAGCUCCCUCUGUUAAAAAAAAUACGCCUACAUAAUGGGGACGACACCAGUAUUUUUAUGGGAGGGAAUAAAUAUAUAUAUACCUUCCUGAACUCAAACUCAGUCACCAACUCGCUGAUACAAAAUAAACUCUCCCCAAUUAUAGCCUACAGUUCACCUGCGCGUCAAGCCGAUCGAUUAAGCUAAUUGUUUGGUAUAGACAUAGCCCUCCCAUACGUUUGUCAGGAUUAGGAUAGAACAGGGGUGUCAAAGUCAUUACACGGAGGGCCGAAUGUCUGCCGGUUUUUGUUUUUUCCUAUUAAAUAAGACCUAGACAACCAGGUGAGGGGAGUUCCUUACUAACUAGUGACCUUAAUUGAUCUGCUUCAAAUGGCGUUUGUGUCAACUGUGUCACAAAUUAGAACGCAUUACGCAAUAGUUUAUGACGCUUUAACUGUAACAUUAUAAUCUAAAAAAAACAACAACAGAAAAUAAUCAUGAUUAGAGCGGUCCACUUUAUGCUCUUGCUACAUUUGCUCGCCGUUAAACCAGCCUUCAAACGCGCCAUUAACGGGGCAAAUGGCGAACACUAAAUGUAGCAGGCCUAGAUGAUAGCUUCCGUCGCCAGUAUGUUUGCUACAGCAAAGAAUUAUUUUAGGAACGGUGAGAAUUUCUCUUCUCGGCCUUUGUUCCUAGGUCUUGAUGUGACAAUCCUUGUCAAGACCGUUGUGUUUUUGUUCUGCUCGGGCGUCAUACUGUGGUGCUUAUGGGAUCUAUGGAGAGGAAAUGAUGAAGACUAUGAUGACACAGAUUUUUUGGACAUGCUGAAGGAUUUGACCACCCAGAGCUACACUCUAAACUGUAUCUGCUUAGACCAUGUGAAUGAACUGGAUGAUCUUCCAGAGAACACUGUGCACAAGGUCAGCUGUGGGAGCAGAAGACAGAGGAAGCUACGGUGGAGGCAGCCUCCAGAUUCCUAUCUUGACUCCAGCCGAGAUUAUAGCCCUGCUACUAAAUGUGACUCUGAAUAUGACAAUGAAUAUGACUUUUUCUACGACAGGGCCAGUGAACUGGAAACAAAGAGAGAACUUUUAUUUUCCUCCAAACGUCAUGUCGAGUUACCGUCUGACUGCCAACAGUGUAGGUCUAUGCACCUGUGCAACAACGAUGGUGACAGGUGCGUCAACAUCAGAGUGGACACUCCAGAGUCCAGAAACGAUACCACCACCAGCAGUGAGACUGAGUACAGCUUUUGGCCUCUGAACAUUAUGGGGUCAUCUGAUUCUAUCAGCUCAUUUACCUCCUGGUCCUCCUUCAGCUCAACAUCCAAUCUAUCCACUCUUGUGUCUGAGAUGAGUGAAACAGUCCAUGCUCCACCAGUGGUUUUUAAGGAUGAGCCAUCCUCUACUAACAAAGGUCCUGCUGGCAGGUCAGAGUUGAAUAACCCACUGUCAGGAAAAAUGCAAGGGAAGCACAAUCUAGAGCACAGCAUCCGCCGAAAGAUCAUACGCAGGUUAUGGAGACGUGCCAUAUUGUCGGUUCGAGUUAUUGGGAUGCUACUUCCAGAAAGACUGAAGCAGGCCACAAAGAGGGUUCCUGAAAUUCUUUUCAUUGUUGAAGAGGAAAAUCAACCAAUGGUACGUGACAAAGUUACAGAUCCCGACCAGCACGACCAAGCAAAGACCACAUUUAAAAAAAACAACACUACUGUUAUAUCCCAGGUGGCAAUCAAUAGUCAGAAAGAUCUGAAACGGGAAAAGAUGGAGACUAGAACAUCUAGCAAGCCCUUAGGUUCAAAAAUAUAUCCAGGGUUGGUGGAGACUCCUCGUCCUCAAUGUUUUGUCCAUCUUUUUGCAUAUCCCAAGCCAAGAUCAUUUUUAAUCCGUAUGAUUGGAGAGGAAACAACUGAUUUCCUUGAGAUGACUCUGAAGCAAAACCGACUACACCACCUACUGGGAGUGCCUACUCUCUACUCAGACUCCCUGGAAAAGACGGCAGCCGAGGAGGUCACUCCGGUCACACCACAGCCAGUUCAGUUGGAUUUCCAUGGUGUAGAAACCCCAUUCCUCCCCCAGGAGGUAAGAAACAGACUUGAGUGUCAUGUGAAGCAUAAAGUGAUAAAAAAGCAGUGGGCUCUUCCCAAGCUUGCUUUGAAGUAUAUAAAAGCCUUUCGGUCAGAAGGCGCUAAUUGUCAGAGAUAUAAGAGUAUGGACAACGGAAAUCUGAUUAUAGACAGUAACGCUGAAACAAUUUCCCAGCCUCUGAUCACCUGCCAACAACUUCAGAAUGAGAUAGGGCCAAUAACAGUAACAUCAGUAACAUCACCGGGACAAGAAACAGAGGGGGACAAAUCCCUCUCUGCAGCAUUAAGUGAGUCUGACGAUUAUUCUACUGAGGAAAGUGUAUGUACCAGCGUUCUUGUCUUAGAUACAGCCACUCAACCUGAUGCGUUGGAAGUUAGCACAGCUUAUCCCAGGACCAAAUUUGAAAUAGAACUGAAGAGCAAGUGCCUGGAAAUCAGAUUGUCUAUGCCACAGGGAAGGGUUCCUCCGAAAAGGUUGGUAAAGAAGCUAGUCGGACAAGGUAUGCGCAUCCCUAAACCCAAAGUGAAAAAUAUUUUAUUCAUGAGAAAGGAAUCCAUAAAACUUCUUGAGAUGAACCUGAAACAGAAGCAUUUGGCAAAUGGAUUGGGAGCACCUACCAUCUUCAGCAAGUCCAUGGAACUAAUCACACCCAAAGAAACUCCUCAGCCUAAGGAAGUGUCAGAGGUAGAGUUUGAAUUGAAUUGUUCGAAGGCACUUAUCAGCAAAGAAAAGAGAGACAAGCUAGAGUUCCACAUCAAACGCAAAAAAAUCCAACACCUCUGUGGUCUGCCUCUGGUGGUGCAGAAAUCUCUUAAUGCCCUCAUACCCAAGGCACCAAAAAUGGAUCCCAGCAGGGUUUUCCCAAAGCCCAAAUAUGACAUUGAGGUACUGACGAGCGACAUGCCAUUUUUGACUGACGGACAGAAAGAGGCUUUGGAGGGCAAUGUGAGGAAAAAGAAAGCACACAAGAACUGGGGUUACCCAAAACUGAUAAUGGACUCUGUAGGCAUUUGAGGUUCAAGGAUGUGGCCAAAAACCUGGACAAGAGACACCCUCCAGCAGCUUCCAAGGAUGUCCCUGUGGAGCCGGUGUCAUCAACAUCCUCAGAAAUGAGUAACUAACACCAGAACUCCCACAGCCUAACCACAGUCCUGAAGGGAGAAGUAUUUUGCACCACAGGUUUGCUCUUAGGUUUGACCCACAUAUCAAAUAAAGACCCAUUUGAUUGUGUGUAAUAUUUUUAGGUGAGCUGGAGUUGUUUUAUAAAGUCAACAGUAGGGGGAAGACUCAUGAUUUUAGCAAUGCUCUGACACUGGCGUACCGAGCCAGAACUCCUCGCCAAGCAAAAUAACAUUACAUCAUUUCCUUGAAAUCCCUGGUGAUGUUUGCGCAAUCGGUUAGUAGUGCAUCUUAUGUAAUAAGAUCUUAUACAACCCAAGUUGACAUUGCUUUUCUACAUUCUGUUGAGCAAAUGGAUAAUUACAGUAUCAGAUUGAGCAUAUGACUAGUGUACCGAGUAUUAGCAGGCAUUGUGUCCCCAGCCCCUGGGUUGAUAAGCAACACUACCAGAUCUCCUGGGGAAACGCAGUGGCAACGGUUGCAGCGAGUUGCAUCACUUGCCUUGUGUGUGUAUAGACAGUCAUGAAUCCUUAACACCGACUCUGGACCAAACCAAUUACAUGUGACUAGGUUGAUAAUAAAUAUUACUUAACUGCCCCCAAGCAAAGACUGUGUCCUUUACUCAGCUUUGUAUCCGAGAGCCAUUUACAGUAGAAUAGAUCAUCAAGACUUAAGCCUUGGCCAAGCGAUGAACUGGCAGAGUAAAACUAGGGUGAUUGUGCCAGUUAACAAGUGAAAACAUGUUGGAAUGGUUCAGCAGUUACAUACUUGAACUGGCCCCAAGGCUUCUAACCAUUCCUAAGACAAAUAACAGAAAAAUAAGUGGAGAAUACUUAUGUUCAAAGCAAUUUAUUGUAUUUAGAAAAAACAAUAAAAAAAUUCUGCAAGUCAUGUUUCUUUGCGUGAACUGCAAAUCAGUCCCAUGUUACAGUAAAGUGCUUAUUUCAAUUCAAUGUUUCUCAGAAGUAUGAUUCUAAAAAAAAAAAAAAAAAUAUUAUAUUUUGGGCUGGGACAAAAUACAGAAUUAAAAACAAGUGGCAACAACUCCGAAGAGAAGGCUCGAGUAGAGAACCACGUAGAAAAACAUUUACGUUACCUCCCUCGAACUAAAAUAGUUAUACAAAUGUUCCAAUGUUAUUGUUAAAAUCUUUAAUGCAUUGCCUGUGGGAGCCAUUCAAAUAGUGGGGAAGUGGAUUAUGACUGUCCAGUUGAACAUCUCUCAUUUUACACAUUGUUUCAAAAUUAUCUUGCAAUGUCAAAAAUUAAGGGAUUGCUUCCUAUCGAUUCUCCCCAAAUAAAAGGCAGUCCAAAACUACUGCAUUGGGCAAAAGUAGAAAUGGUUAUGACUAAGAACACACCGUAGAUGUAAGUACAACAUGUGCAUUUCGGAGAAUCACAAUCCUAAAAGAAAGAAUUAUAAAAUAAAUAAAAAGAAUA